AUGGGUUGGUUCAAGCGCUUCUCGAGGAAGAAGUCGAUUCCGAAGAAAAGCGUGGACCUCCGCGUGCCACGCAACGACUACUACUCGCCUGCCAACUACGAGUACCACGGACCGGACCAGACGUUGCGCCUGCCGGAGAAGGUGUUGCGUCGCAUUUUCGAGGAGGUCUGUCCCCACUCGAGCGACGACACGCUCGAUGGCAGCGAGGAUAGCGGGCACGAUGGCUGCAUGAGCUGUGACACACGCGACCUGGCUCACUGCGCCCUGACCAGGCGGUCAUGGUACGGCAUCGCUGCCGGGCUGCUCUACAACAGUAUUCGCAUUGACGCCGUGCACUACUGCGAGCUCGAGGAAAUCUACGCCGAUCAGCGAAGGCGUAAGUCGCGCAACGGCGACUCGGAGGAUGUCCCCACGGUGCGCCUGCAGAUGCUCAGCAACAGCGUGCGUGGCAACCAGCACCUUGGCCAACGCGUCCGCUUCGUCAAGCUGCCGUACAUGACCCGCGAGUCCUGCAAAGCCGAUCUCGCACGCCUUGUAUCAGGCUGCCCCAACCUUGAUUACAUCGACCUCCCAGAUGGCUUCUACAACGGCGAUCAGUCGUGCCAGCUGCUGCGGCAGGAGCUACAGGCGCGCUGCCCGCACAUCCAGAAGAUGAAGUACAACGAGGGCGGAGAGCAAACACUCGAGUCGCUCCUGCAUGGCUACUGGCAGGAGCUGCGAGUCGUAGAGCUGAACAAGCUGCGCAUCGAACCGAGCAUACUGAGGCAGGUCUUUGGUAUGCUUCCUCGAUUGACUGACCUCACGGUGACGGGCGGCGCCUGGAUGAACGACUCCUUCUUCCACGACGCGCCUGGCCUGCCGCCCUUUCCGCCCCUGGAGACACUUAGAUUGGAAAAGGUACACGGUCUGACUGCACAGGGUCUGAUACAAUACCUUUCACACCACAUGUGCGCUGCCAGGCUGAAGACGCUUGUCAUCAAGAACUGCAACGGAAUCACGGUCGCAGACCUGCACGCUAUUCUGAGGGCUGCAUCAAACCUGAGGACACUUGAGUACAACGCGACGGUUUCUGCAUCAUUGCCUCUGGAUCCUCUGCCACCGAUGGAGUCUUACAGUCUGCGCAAACUUCACUUCGAGAUCAUCGCACACUCGACAAACCAAAUUUACUCACCUGGCUCAUCGUACUACCAAUACUUGGCGAAAUCAUUGCUCUCAAAUAGUCUUCCAGGACUGCGUCAGCUGUACGUCCAGGAUCCCGAGUUCCCCGAGAUCCUUACGUUGGCACCCCCUAUCCGCCCGUUCAGUGAAGCACCGCAACCUACAUUUAAUCAGCCGCUCGAAGUUUUCUCGAAGGGACUCGAUGAGCUGGAGUGGAUCUUCACCUCUAUUAUUCCUCCGGAGGCCGGGCAGAGGCGAGCAUCAAUGGCUGGUGGGCGUCCUCUCAGCAGCUACUCAGCGCACAGAGGCUUAGGACCGCAGUGGGGUGGUGAUGCUCGAAAGAGUAUCGUUGUGCCUAAUGGCUUUGGUGGUUUCUUGGCUAUUCCUGCAGAUAACGAUGCAAGGCCGAGGAGCGCGGGAAACCCUACGGCAGGCGGUGGCGCUGGCAGCUUUGGUGCUGGUGGCGGCGGCUUCGGCGGCUUCGGCCAUCGUCCCUCAAACUCCCUCAGCGCUGGCGGACCUGGAAGUCCUGGUGGUCCUGGCGUGCGAGCAAGCUUCAUGACCCAUGCUGGACGCGAUAAGCGUGCCUCGAGGGCUGAUCUUUGGCGAUGA